AUGUCGAAUAAUACGAUCCAUAUCCCUUAUUUUUUCGAUAACAAUAAAAACAUAACGGCUCUCAAUAGAUCAUCAAUUGAAGCUUUGCCUCAAAGCCAAGCAACAGAAUACCACAAGAAUAUUGCAGCUGUUCAUGCACAAUAUCUUUCACAUUUAUCAGUUCCCAAUUCUGGUUACAUGUUUGGUGAAGAUUUCACGCGGCAGGCUAUGGAAAAGGUUAAGAUCACUGCAUCAUGCAAUACGUCACAACAGUCCCCAAACACUCCAACAAUCACCAAUCAGGCUACAUUACCAGUGAACCAAAAACCUUCUGUUUAUACAAAGUGGUCAGAACAAGAAGAUGAAUUACUUCGUGAAGCUGUCCAAAGAUACGGCCCACAUAAAUGGUCAUUAAUCGCAACUCAUGUUCCAAAUAGAACUCCCAUGCAAUGUUCUGCACGAUGGGUUGGCGCUUUAAAUCCAUCGGUCCUUAAAGGUCGUUGGACCUCGGUGGAAGAUGCUGCACUCACCGAGACCGUAUCUCGUUAUCUUAAUGCAGCUAAUUUGCCAUCACUAGUCCUAAGCCAAUUCUUUUUUCAUGGAAAUCUUUAUGGUGAUAAUUUAUUAGUUGAAGAACAUGCUGAAUCAACGAAUGUAAAAUUUUUGAUAUUAGAUUACAUGGUCUCGCUGACGGCUAGGUUGAAGCAUUUAGAGAAAGAUGCUGGCAUCAAUAUCCAGGCCAGCACCUAA